AUGGAUGAAAAUUAUAAAUUUUCUAGUUACAAUUUGACUUCUGGUCUUUUUUAUCAAUAUGAUAAUAAUACUUUUGCCUCACAUUCUCAAUUAUCAAUAUAUUUGGCUAAUGAAUUUACUGACAAUGAAAUAUCUCAUGCACAUAACUCUUGUUUAGGUGUUAUCUGUUAUUGGAUUACAGAAGAAUUUCAUAUACAUGAUCUUACGCUAGAUAUAAUUAAAAUGGGUGUAUAUAAAACUGCAAAUGAUAUUGUUGAAACUAUUAAGCCAAUACUUGAAAAAUUUGCAGCUGUUACACAACUUUUAACAAGGCUUUCAAUAUCAAAACCAAUUGCCAACAUUUUUUGUGCUGCAUACACAUUACAGUUAAGUGUUGAGGCAGGCUUGGAGUUAAGAGAAGUACAAAUCAGAGUUGGUAUACUAAAAGCCAAUAUGGUUGAUGUUAUAUCAGAUAUAGAAACCAGAUGGAACUCUACAUAUAUGGCUCUUAAAAGGCUUGCAAAUCUUGAGCGAUUAAUUAAAUGA